CUCGUAUCACAACCGCGACAUGCAAGCCCCAGCGGGUCACUGCACGCCUUACGGCACAUCGUCUUUCGCAUUGCUCGCAACCCAACAUGGGUACUUAGCUUAGAAAGUCUGCUCUUUCGCAAUGGGGCUAUCCUCAUUCUCAAUAUUGCAAAUCUUUGAAUUUCGGGCCUCAUGGCAUAUACCAAGCUUAGUCCGUUGCUCGCCAUCCUCUUGUCUUCGAAGUAUGUGGACGCUGCUAUGAUACGGGCGCCGACACCUGCUGUCACGCCUGCGCCUGCUGCUACAGCUGCUCCGCUUGCCGUCAGGGACAUCACUACCAUUGGUUAUAUAUCCACGGGCAUGUAUGGCAGUACUACACUGUAUGAAACCAUCACGGCGAACAAUGAGGGUCAUGUCAUUGCAACAUCAGGUAGUCUUUACAAGAUCUGCGCCCCGGAGUCACUUUGCGAGUUCUUUUCUUGCGAAAAUGAUUAUGCAGUGUUUCCCACCACGAGUAUCUUCUGUGGAGGCUCAAGCAGUACAUGUAGCUACUGGGAACUGGCAACAGAUAUCAAUGACCCUGCACCACUGACCAACUACUGGUGUGAUGCCAAGACGGAGACUGGUGGACUGAUCUUAAUGGUUACACCUGAUGAUGACUCUUCGACCUCCCCGAAUACGGGCUCAGCUUCGAAUACCCCACUGUUCUCAUCCUUCACGCCGGUGUCCGUUUCCGAUACUCCAGGAUCCUCAGAUAUACCAGAGGCUCUGCCACCCUCGGCAGAGGUUAAAAAAUCUAAGAAAUCAACCCCAGUCGGUGCCAUCGCUGGUGGAGUAGUCGGUGGCGUCGCUCUUCUAGCCGCCGUCGUUCUAGGUGUCUUCUUCUUACUUCGUCGCAAGCGGAAGCAGCAGAACAACACCACUACUAAUAACAACGUGCCACAGCCACCUACCGCACCCCAGGCACCACCGGCAGGCGUUCAGUACUACCAUGAGCAGAAGCCAGUUCCUCAGCAACAGGUCCAACAGAUGCCUUCUCCACCUCCUCAACAACAACCACACUACGGUCAUUAUGAUCCCAACGCGCAACAGGCGCCGCAGUUCUAUGAUCCCAACGCUCAGUCUGCGUAUGCUGCGCAGCAGGGUAGCUAUGCGAUGCCAGAGAAGACACCCGCUGUGACGAACCCGGUACAGGCAAAUCCAUACUAUGCGGACAACAGUGGACCAGUGAGCCCUGUGCCACAAUACACGCCUUCCAUGUCGCCGGCAGUUCCGGCGAACGUUAAUGAGCUACCGGCUGGGAGGACGUAAGAACGAGGAUGCGGUUGUGGAUCGUGAGUAAUGUGGCGCUGGUCUUAGUGGUUGUCGAUGCCUCUAUUCCCUCUUGACCAGUACCAUACUAUGUGUCGCAUGAUGGGUGACAGAUCGAUGUGCAUAUCAAGUGCGAUUACGUUUCAGUCU